AGUUGUGAGCGAGAAAAUGUACAGCGAAAAACGACUACAAGAAAUUCUGACCCAGCUGGCCUGCCGAUCAGCUGAUGUACCUAUAGACAUGCUUCCCAUCCCUUUUGACACAGAAUUAAUUCUGGACUUCGGAGAUGAAGCCGUUAAAGAUCUGAAAUCAAAGAAAGAGAUCCUAAAGUUUGAAAGGAACUGGGUAGAUAUGGUGGAGGAGGAAGAACUGCGACAGGAAAACUUAUCAAAGGUAGAAGGGAUGUUGAAAGUCAUGGAUUUCCAGAUCAAGUUGAAAGAAGAAAUGCAAGAAGAACUUAAGAAAGAAGCCCCAAGUAAGAUUGUCAAGCUAAGAAGCACAUUUAUUGGCAUUGAAAAAUCCAGAAAAGCAUGGAAGCCUAUCCACCAAGAACUGAUGGCAUUUUUGACUCAAAAAGAUCAGGACAAAAUAAAAGUUCAGUAUCAGAAGAAGAUCAUGAUGAAGAUGUUUAAAGAGCUAAAGGAAGUAGCAUCAAGAGAAUAUGAGAACAGGAAUGAGAGAUUAGAGAGAAGACAGACCACUUGGAGAGGGGUUCACAAAGAGUUAAUGGCAGUUUUGACUAGGAGAGAUCAGGACAAAAUAAAAAUACACCAUCAACAAAAGAUCAUGUCUGAGAUGCUAAAAGAGCUUAAGGUUGUGGCAUUAAUGGAUUUUGAAGGAAGAACUGCAAGAGAAGAAAAGAGGAAAGCCAUACACAAAGAGCUGAUGGCCGUGUUGACUAGAAAAGAUCAUGAGAAAAUAAAAGUCCACCAUCAGAGGAAGAUCAUGUCUGAAAUGUUAAGAGAGCUUAAGGUUGUGGCAUUAAUGGAUUUUGAAGGAAGAAUUGCAAGAGAAGAAAAGAGGCAAGCCAUACACAAAGAGUUGAUGGCAGUUUUGACUAGGAGAGAUCAGGACAAAACAAAAAUACACCAUCAGAAGAAGAUCAUGUCUGAGAUGUUAGAAGAACUUAAGGUUGUGGCAUUACUGGAUUUUGAAGGAAGAAUUGCAAGAGAAGAAAAGAGGCAAGCCAUACACAAAGAGCUCAUGAUAGUUUUGACUAAGAAGAAAUUCGAAGGUGAACAGUUCAGAAAACAACAGGAUAUGAUGUUGAAGAUGCUAAAAGAGCUUAAGACAGUUUUGACCAAACGAAAUUUGGAAGAAAAGCAGUUCCAAAUUCUAAAGGCACUGAAGUCAGCAAUGCUUAAAGAGCUUAAGAAAUUGAACAAAGACAACAAAUCAGACUUAGAAAAGGAGGAAGAAGAAGAAUUAUUUGUCCCACGGAAACUGUUUCUAUUUAAAGUGGAUACCUUCAAAACUUCUCCACAGAAUGUAGAGACUGAAAUUUUGCCAUCAGAGAUCAAGAACAAGAAUGACCACUGUGCAACAAGAGUAGAAAUGAUGCCCGGCCUACAGAAAAAGAAAUCACUUAGAGGAAGACUGAGGAAAUUCUUUGGCUUCAAAUAAGACGUGUGG